AGAGAGAGAGAGAGAGAGAGAUUUGGGUUGAGAAAUGCGUAGGAAUUUCACGUAUAUCGUUUGAAUCUGUUUCUCCGUCCAUCGAGGCAAAACGAAUAUGUCGUGCGUUUACAGCUCCCUUCCUCUCUCGUCCCCUUCAAUCCUCCCAAAAUCAAACGCCCUUUCUCGCUCCAAAUCGUCGGUCAAGAUCCGAUGCACUGUCGGAGAAACUGUUGCAGUACCGAAAGUUGCUGGUAUUGCUGAACCGCUCCUACUUCAAUCUGCUCGAGGGGAAAAUGUUGAAAGACCCCCAGUUUGGCUGAUGAGGCAAGCGGGGAGGUACAUGAAGAGUUAUCAAUUGAUCUGUGAGAAGUAUCCUUCUUUCCGUGAAAGAUCAGAAAAUGUCGAUCUCGUAGUUGAAAUAUCUUUACAACCUUGGAAGGUUUUCAAGCCUGAUGGGGUUAUUCUAUUUUCAGACAUUCUUACUCCUCUACCAGGGAUGAAUAUACCUUUUGACAUUGUAAAAGGGAAGGGACCAGUCAUAUACAAUCCUCUAAGGACAACCGCUGAUGUUGAUCAAGUGAGAGAAUUUGUUCCUGAGGAAUCAGUUCCUUAUGUUGGGGAAGCGUUGACAAUCUUGCGGAAAGAGGUAAACAAUCAAUCAGCCGUUCUGGGCUUUGUUGGUGCUCCGUUCACGCUUGCAUCUUAUGUGGUUGAAGGCGGUUCAUCGAAGCACUUCACAAAAAUAAAGACUCUAGCUUUCUCUCAACCAAAGAUUUUGCACGCAUUACUACAGAAAUUCACGACCUCCAUGGCAAAGUACAUUCAGUACCAAGCCGAUAAUGGUGCUCAAGCAGUCCAGAUUUUCGACUCUUGGGCAACCGAGCUUAGCCCCGUUGAUUUUGAGGAAUUCAGCCUCCCUUACCUGAAGCAGAUCGUCGAUACUGUUAAACGGACACAUCCAGACCUACCUCUGAUCCUUUAUGCAAGUGGGUCUGGGGGCUUGCUUGAGAGACUGCCUUUGACAGGUGUCGAUGUUGUUAGCUUGGAUUGGACGGUUGAUAUGGCGGAAGGUAGGAGACGGUUGGGAUCUGGCAUGGCGGUUCAAGGCAAUGUGGACCCUGGUGCGCUUUUCGGGUCAAAAGAAUUCAUCACCACACGGAUCCAUGAUGUGGUAAGAAAAGCAGGUAGCAGGAAACACAUUCUAAAUCUUGGCCAUGGAAUUGUGGUGGGCACCCCUGAGGAGAACGUGGCCCACUUUUUUGAAGUUGCAAAAGCUAUCAGGUACUAAUGCAGAACUGAUUUUUGGUUUUAAUGAUUUUUAUAUGGAUCAUGUUUUCAUUGCAUACUGAUUUUGUUUUUUUAGCUAGUUCUUGUAAACUGAAGUCAAUUAGCUCCUACGGAGAUUGUAGAAGGAACCCAAUCAGAAAAUUUUUGGUAGAUUGAAUUUCA